AUGCCGACGCCGCCCGUGAGCUGGGACCCCCCGGUCAAGCCCACGCAGCCAUGCUAUUCCAUUGCCGCUGUGCCGAUCCUCGGAAAGAUUGCUCAAGGCCAGCAGGAGCAAGAGAGCGACGGGUGGCAGUGGAUUCGGUACGAAUGUGAGGGUGUCAAUAAGUAUCAGAGUGGCAAUAGCUCGACCAACCAGAUUAUCCUGCGCGCUGGAAUCCAGCAGAAUGAUCACAGCAGAGGCUAUGCCACGAAUUUCGUGAAAUUGGCAACGGAUAUAGUGGACAGGACCGCACGCCCAAAUGGCCUUCAGCAGGUCAGCGGCUAUACUGCAGUGGAGGGUGCACGUGAGCUGAUUGCUGGUCAAGGCGAGGCGAAGGCAGGCGAGAAGGAGGCCACUCGGAAAGCUCCAAAGGCUAAGGACCGCGAGCCGGCGGUGGCACAGGCUGGUGAGCGGGAGAUUGACGACGGUGGGAAGCCUAUGAGGAGGGAGUGA